UUGUGCUCCUGGCUCUCUGAGGGGCAGCAUCUCUGGGACUACCGCGCACGGGACGGGGCUGGGAUACUUUGGAAGGCGCCCGGAGCUCGGUUCGCACUUGAGGGCGCCCAGCAUGGCGCUGCAGAGAUGGUCCACACGGUGGAAAACGAAAAGGUGGCUCCGGGACUCCACUGUCACCACACUCAUCACUUUUACUCUCCUGCUCCAGGCGGCAGAGGUCAGAGGAGCUGAAUCAGUCGAUGUGUUAAAAGCAUUAGAAUUUCACAAAUCACCUGAAGGGAUAUCAAGAACAGCAGGAUUUUGUACAAACAGAAGAGAUUCAAAGGGGUCAGAUGUUGCAUAUAGAGUUUCAAAACAAGCUCAGCUCAGUGCCCCAACAAAGCAACUGUAUCCAGGUGGAAACUUUCCUGAAGACUUUUCUAUAUUAAUUACAGUCAAACCUAAAAAGGGAAUCCAGUCCUUCCUUUUAUCUAUCUACAAUGAACAGGGUAUUCAGCAAAUAGGUGUGGAAGUUGGUAGAUCCCCUGUCUUCCUGUUUGAAGAUCAGUAUGGAAAACCUGCCCCAGAAGAUUAUCCUCUUUUUAGGACAGUCAACAUUGCUGAUGGAAAGUGGCAUCGAGUAGCUAUCAGUGUGGAUAAGAAAAGUGUUACCAUGAUAGUUGACUGUAAGAAGAAAACCACAAAGCCACUCGACAGGAGUGACAGAGCAAUUGUUGACUCCAAUGGCAUCACUGUCUUUGGAACCAGGAUUCUGGAUGAAGAAGUUUUUGAGGGUGAUAUCCAGCAGCUGUUGAUUGUAGCUGAUCCCAGAGCAGCAUAUGACUAUUGUGAGCACUAUAGCCCAGAUUGUGAUUCCCCUGUGCCCAAUGCUGCUCAAGCUCAAGAACCUCAGGUUGAUGAGUACGCAACUGAAGAUUUAUUCGAAUAUGACUAUGAAUAUGGGGAAGCAGAUUAUAAAGAGCCUGAAACGGUAACAGAGGGAACCCCACUAUUCAUGGAGACAAUAGCACAAACAGAGAAAAAGAAAGCCAAAGCCAAAAAGAAGAAGAGGACAGUGGCCGCUAAAUCAAAGGACAAACCCACAAAGGUUACAACAAAAAAAUCUGAACAUUUUGCAUCCAAGAAGAAGAAAAGUUACCAGGCAGCAGCAAAAGGCAAACUAGGGGCCAAUAUUGUUGAUGAAUUUCAAGAAGAAUAUAGCGUGACUGAAAUUGACUAUGGGAUUUCCCAGACUGCAGCUCCCAGGCAAACAACUGAAGCUAAUGAGGUGACUGGACAUGGCGCUUAUGGAGAAAAAGGACAGAAGGGAGAACCAGCUGUUGUUGAACCUGGGAUGCUUGUUGAAGGGCCAGUGGGACCAGCAGGACCUCCUGGUCUCACAGGUCCCCCAGGUUUACAAGGUCCCACUGGUCCCCCGGGUGACUCUGGUGAGAGGGGACCAGCAGGGCGUCCUGGGCUUCCAGGUGCUGAUGGUUUACCUGGUCCACCAGGUACCAUGUUAAUGUUGCCGUUCCGCUUUGGUGGAGAUGGUGAGAAGGGCCCAACAAUCUCAGCUCAAGAAGCUCAAGCGCAAGCUAUUCUUCAACAGGCUAGGAUCGCUAUGAGAGGACCACCUGGCCCCAUGGGACUCACUGGAAGACCAGGUCCUGUGGGUGGACAUGGUUCACCAGGUGUUAAGGGAGAAAGUGGCGACCCUGGUCCCCAGGGUCCUCGAGGUAUUCAAGGACCCAUUGGUCUAACUGGGAAACCUGGCAAAAGAGGUCGCCCAGGAGCUGAUGGUGCUAGAGGAAUGCCAGGAGAACCUGGUGCAAAGGGUGACAGAGGGUUUGAUGGUCUUCCUGGUCUACCUGGCGAUAAAGGUCAUAGGGGAGAUCGUGGCCCACAAGGACCUCCUGGUGCACCCGGUGAAGAUGGAGCAAGGGGAGAAGAUGGAGAGGUUGGACCCAGAGGUCUCCCAGGUGAAGCUGGUCCAAGAGGACUACUAGGCCCCCGGGGCACACCUGGUCCCCCAGGACAACCUGGUAUUGCAGGUGUUGAUGGUCCCCCAGGUCCAAAAGGAAACUUGGGUCCUCAAGGAGAACCAGGCCCUCCCGGUCAACAAGGAAUCCCAGGUCCACAAGGGCUUCCUGGUCCACAAGGUCCUAUUGGAGCUCCUGGUGAAAAAGGACCACAGGGCAAGCCUGGCCUUCCUGGACUUGCUGGUUCUGAUGGGCCUCCUGGUCACCCUGGCAAAGAGGGUCAGUCUGGAGAGAAAGGUGCUUUGGGGCCUCCAGGUCCUCAGGGUCCAAUUGGCUAUCCUGGUCCUCGUGGUGUAAAGGGAGCUGAUGGUGUCCGUGGCCUCAAGGGCUCCAAAGGUGAAAAGGGUGAAGAUGGUUUCCCAGGAUUUAAAGGCGACAUGGGCCUUAAAGGUGACAGAGGUGAAGUUGGCCCACUGGGCCCACGAGGAGAAGAUGGCCCUGAAGGUCCAAAAGGUCGAGCAGGUCCAUCAGGGGAUCCAGGUGGUGCUGGGCAGGCUGGUGAAAAGGGUAAACUUGGGGUACCAGGACUGCCAGGAUAUCCAGGAAGACAAGGUCCAAAGGGCUCCACUGGUUUUCCAGGAUUCCCAGGUGCUAAUGGAGAGAAAGGUGCAAGGGGUUUACAUGGCAAACCAGGUCCAAGGGGACAGCGAGGACCAACGGGUCCACGGGGAUCAAGAGGCCCACGAGGUCCUACGGGAAAACCAGGCCCUAAGGGCACCGCAGGCAGCGAUGGCCCUCCCGGUCCACCAGGUGAAAGGGGACCACAAGGGCCGCAAGGACCUGUUGGAUUCCCUGGACCAAAGGGACCUCCUGGGCCACCCGGGAAAGAUGGCUUGCCAGGGCACCCAGGACAGCGGGGUGAGACUGGUUUUCAAGGCAAAACUGGCCCCCCAGGUCCUGGUGGUGUUGUUGGACCGCAGGGUCCUACUGGUGAGACUGGCCCAAUUGGUGAAAGAGGUCACCCUGGUCCUCCAGGCCCGCCAGGUGAACAAGGCCUCCCAGGCUCUGCAGGAAAAGAAGGAGCUAAGGGUGACCCAGGCCCUCAAGGUAUAUCUGGAAAAGAUGGACCAGCGGGUCUCCGUGGUUUCCCAGGAGAAAGAGGCCUUCCAGGAGCUCAGGGUCCAGCUGGUCUGAAAGGAGGAGAAGGCCCGCAAGGCCCACCUGGCCCGGUUGGGUCUCCAGGUGAACGUGGAUCAGCAGGUACUGCUGGCCCUAUUGGUCUACCAGGCCGUCCAGGUCCGCAAGGUCCCCCAGGCCCAGCGGGAGAGAAGGGUGCUCCUGGUGAAAAAGGUCCUCAGGGUCCUGCAGGACGUGAUGGAGUACAAGGUCCUGUGGGUCUUCCAGGUCCUGCUGGUCCUGGUGGCUCUCCUGGAGAAGAUGGUGACAAGGGUGAAAUUGGUGAACCAGGUCAGAAAGGCAGUAAAGGUGACAAGGGAGAAAAUGGUCCUCCGGGUCCACCAGGUCUUCAAGGUCCUGUUGGUGCCCCUGGUAUAGCUGGAGGCGAUGGAGAGCCAGGUCCAAGAGGUCAGCAAGGAAUGUUUGGGCAGAAAGGAGAUGAAGGUCCACGAGGAUUUCCUGGCCCUCCAGGUCCCAUUGGUCUUCAGGGUCUACCUGGCCCUCCAGGUGAAAAGGGUGAGAAUGGUGAUGUUGGUCCAAUGGGUCCGCCUGGUCCUCCAGGUCCAAGAGGUCCCCAGGGUCCUAAUGGAGCUGAUGGUCCUCAAGGUCCCCCAGGCUCUAUUGGCUCUGUUGGAGGUGUUGGUGACAAGGGCGAGCCGGGGGAAGCUGGUAAUCCUGGACCUCCUGGAGAGACUGGCCCAGGAGGACCGAAAGGUGAAAGGGGAGAAAAAGGUGAGGCUGGUCCACCUGGGGCUGCUGGACCUCCUGGUGCUAAAGGACCUCCAGGUGAUGAUGGGCCUAAGGGUAAUCCAGGACCUGUUGGUUUCCCUGGUGAUCCUGGUCCCCCUGGUGAACCUGGCCCUGCUGGUCAAGAUGGUACUGGUGGCGAGAAAGGAGAAGAUGGUGAUCCUGGUCAACCUGGUCCACCAGGCCCUUCAGGAGAAGCUGGCCCACCUGGUCCUCCUGGGAAAAGAGGUCCUCCAGGAGCAGCUGGUGCUGAAGGCAGACAAGGUGAAAAAGGUGCUAAGGGUGAACCUGGUUCAGAAGGUGCUCCUGGAAAAACAGGGCCAGUUGGUCCUCAAGGACCUUCAGGAAAACCUGGCCCAGAGGGUCUCCGUGGUAUUCCAGGCCCUGUGGGAGAACAAGGUCUACCUGGAGCACCAGGUCAGGAUGGUCCACCUGGUCCUAUGGGCCCCCCUGGCUUGCCUGGAUUGAAGGGAGACCCAGGUUCCAAGGGUGAGAAGGGACAUCCCGGUUUGAUUGGUCUGAUUGGCCCUCCAGGAGAACAGGGUGAAAAGGGUGACAGGGGUCUUCCUGGUCCACAAGGAGCUCUCGGACCCAAGGGCGAUGCAGGCAUUUCUGGUCUCGCUGGUCCACUUGGCCCCCCUGGUCCUCCUGGCUUACCUGGUCCUCAAGGUCCAAAGGGUUCCAAAGGAUCAACUGGUCCUGGUGGUCAGAAGGGUGAUGGUGGUUUACCUGGUCCCCCGGGUCCUCCCGGUCCCCCAGGGGAAGUUAUCCAGCCUUUGCCAAUCCAGUCACCCAAAAAGACAAGAAGAUCUUCAGAUUACAUGCUUGCUGAUGCAGUUGAUAACAUCCUGGACUACUCUGAUGGCAUGGAGGAAAUCUUUGGUUCACUCAAUUCCCUGAAGCAAGAUAUUGAGCAUAUGAAGUAUCCAAUGGGCACUCAGACCAACCCAGCCCGAACAUGCAAAGACCUACAACUCUGCCACCCAGACUUCCCAGAUGGUGAAUAUUGGAUUGAUCCUAAUCAGGGCUGCUCUGGAGACUCCUUCAAAGUGUACUGUAAUUUCACAGCAGGUGGUGAAACUUGCAUCUACCCUGAUAAGAAAUCUGAAGGAGUCAGAAUUUCAUCAUGGCCAAAGGAGAAUCCAGGAGCCUGGUUUAGUGAAUUUAAGAGAGGCAAACUGCUUUCCUAUGUGGACGUUGAAGGCAAUUCCAUUAAUAUGGUUCAAAUGACAUUCCUUAAACUACUGAGUGCCUCUGCCAGACAAAAUUUCACUUACAACUGUCAUCAGUCAGUAGCUUGGCAUGAUGUGUCAUCUGACAGCUACGACAAAGCACUGAGGUUCUUAGGAUCAAAUGACGAAGAGAUGUCUUAUGACAACAAUCCUUACAUCAAAGCUCUUCAUGAUAGCUGUGCAUCAAGAAAAGGCUAUGGAAAGACUGUCAUUGAAAUCAAUACACCUAAAAUAGACCAAGUGCCUAUUGUUGAUGUGAUGAUUAAUGACUUUGGUGACCAGAACCAGAAGUUUGGAUUUGAAGUUGGUCCCGUCUGUUUCCUCGGUUAAGUAUAGGGCAGUUGAGCAGAUCGGCAAACAAGUUGUGUCUUGGUGCCACCAACCCACUUCAUGCCACAUGCAAGUUUUGAUUAAGGAUGGCAUAGAAAAAAUGUCUUGCUGGGUACGUAUGUCUUAUCUAGGAAAUAUUCGUUGCCCUUGUAGGGCCAGAAUCACAUGACUUAAACUUAUUUGGCAAAUCAUGAGGACAUAAAAGGGUGUGGCAGAGACAGACAACAUAGGAUUAACUUUAUGAAUAUUCCCUUUGGAUUUCUUGGUGCUGUAAAAAAUGAAUGGUGCUCCUUCCAUUUCAACAAAGAGGUGCUAAGGAGGUGUGUUUAAUAAAUUGUAAUUAUUCUAUGUACAGUACUAUACUGUUUUUUCUGUGUCCAUUUCCAAAACUUGCAUGUGUCUCUGAAUUGCAUCUGGCUCUUAUUUUAUAAUUGCAAAACUAUGUUGUCAAUACUGUGUAUGUAUUAUGAAAAAUAAAGCUGUAAUUUCCAGUGAACCAAUUUAAAUUUUCUGAUUAAUAAUAAAGUCCCUUUGUAUAUAUUUAUGUUGAAAAGCUCUGUUAUUUGAAGUCGCCAACAAAACUUCAGGUGGCAAAAACUGGAAAAUCUUUUGGCAAGACGCUCAAAACAACACUUCUUUGUUAAUAUUACUUUGUGAUAAUGAAUUUCAAGAAAGAAUGCACCCACCGAGGUGCUGUAUUCCAUGGUGCUAUUACCUCAGACUUUUUUUUUUCCUUUUCAGAUUCCAGAAUUUCUUAAGAUACCUGUAUAUACCUAAAAAUAAGCAAGUUCAUAUUUUGGGUGGAGGAAAUGUGUAUGACAAAUGGGGGGGAGUAUGUGCAGAGAUCUGUUUAAGUCUAUGUGAAGUAACUUGUAGUUAUAGUUAUCCUUUUUAAAAAUCUCAUCUGAAUUUGUUUUCAUUGUGCUUCUUUGAACUAUAUAAAUAUUAAAACUUGAUUCAAAACAACUAUUUAUGGAUUUGUGCAGUGUUUACAUAGCUUUUAUUUGAUCAAUGAUGAAUAUUUGCUUCUGAACUGGAUACUAAGUUCCACAUGAUAGCCCAUAUAUUAUUUGCCCAUCCCAUCAAUAUGAAUUCUCUGUUAUUUCAAGUUAAGGCCAGGGACACAAUAUGUCUAGGUCAUGUGAUUCUACCUAGUUGCAAAGCAAAGUACAAGGGGACUACUACCUACAGAGCUUGUUUUCUGACCCAAACUGUUAUAAUUUGCAAUCCAAAUCUCGCAAAAAGUUUGGUUUGGCCUUUCAGCUAAACUUUUUUUUUUCAGGUAGUACGGAGUAGAAAUCACAUUUUAACUUUAAAACGCAAAUCCUUUUGUAAUUAUUUUUCAUAAUAUAUGUAAGACUUGAAAAUAAAUGUUUGUUACUAUUUCUUAUAUAAAUUGUUAAAUUAAUUGGUACCAGAUUCCACUGCCUCAUUCCAACUGAUAUUUAAUACAUGUAAAAGUGAGAUUUCAAAAGUCAACCUUUUGCUGUUCAGAAUUUCUUUUAUUUUUGAACCAAAGUUUGUAACUGUCACCUCAAAGAGGAAAAAUAUGGAUUUUAUUAAUAAAAUCAAGUCUUGACUACC